AUGUUUGGACGCGGACAACUUCAAGCGCGCAGUCUGCGAGCUUCGCAAUUUUUCCAUUCUACAAAGACUAGGUUGCCUACACAAACUGUAUGGAUGUCAACUGCAGGGCAAUUUAGAGUUCCAAAGCCUUUCAAUGAGCGAAACCGUGCAUUUACCCCAUCAUCGCCCGAGAGACAAACGCUCCAAGAUGCCCUCGAUCAAUUGAAAGCGCAACUUCCAGUUACCGUCCCCUCAGUCAUCGCAGGCAGCGAAAUUAGCGAAAGCCGUCGCGGACAAAUUCUGACCAAGAUGCCCUCCAAGCAAAGUCAGAUCUUUGCCAAAUCAGCUUCAGCAACUCCCAAGGACGUCGAGAGAGCCAUAGAUGCAGCAUUAGCAGCCAAGGCGGAAUGGUCAACCACCCCCUUCAACAACAGGGCUGGAGUUUUUCUCCGGGCCGCCGAGCUUGUCACGGGCAAGUACCGCGAUCAAUUACUUGCUAGCACCAUGCUUGGGCAGGGUAAGAAUGCCUGGCAAGCUGAGAUUGAUGCUGCAGCCGAGCUUGCAGACUUUUUCCGCUUCAACGUUUCCUUUGCCCAGGAGAUCUAUGAAAGGCAGCCUGAACUGAUUGCACCAGGUGAGAGUGGGCGGACAGACUGGCGUCCUCUUGAAGGAUUCGUGUAUGCUGUCUCCCCGUUCAACUUUACGGCCAUCGGCGGCAACCUUGUUUCGGCACCUGCGUUAAUGGGCAAUGUUGUUGUCUGGAAACCUUCACCUCACUCUAUCCACGCCAGUUAUCUUGUCUACAAGAUUCUUCUGGAGGCCGGUCUUCCGCCCAACGUAGUUCAGUUCGUGUCGGGAGAUGCAAGAGAAAUCACAGACAUCAUCCUCAACCACCCUCGUUUCGCCGCCUUACACUUCACGGGUUCGUCCGAAGUCUUUCGUGCCCUCCACCUCAAAGUGGCCGAGGGCAUCGCGUCAAAUAAGUUUGUCGAACUUCCCCGUCUCGUGGGCGAGACUUCGGGCAAGAAUUUUCAUCUCUUGCACCACUCCGCGGAUAUACCCAAUGCGGCCAAACAAACAAUUCGUGCCGCCUUCGAAUACGCAGGCCAAAAGUGCUCCGCUUGCUCGAGGGUGUAUGUCCCACAAAGCCGAGCUGAACAAUUCUUCAACGAGAUGAGAGCAGGUCUCGAAACUGUCAGGAUCGGACCCCCGGAGCAGUGGGAAAACUUUGCCGGUCCCGUAAUUCACAAGGAUGCAUUCGACAAGAUAUCCAACGCUAUCGACAAAGCAAAUCAGGAUGCUGACCUUGAGAAUAUUUAUGGCGGAACGUACGAUUCCUCGGAGGGGCUGUACAUCAAUCCUUCCAUUUACAUAUCCAAUACCCCCAACCAUGAACUUUUCCACAAAGAAUUCUUCGGCCCAGUUUUAGUGGCAUACAUCUACCCUGAUGAUAAAUUCGAGGAAACUCUCGAGUUAGUUGACAAUCAUGGUGGAGGUUUCGCCUUGACUGGUUCAGUGUUUGCAAGCGACAGGAUGGCAAUUGCGCUCGCAGAGGAGAAACUGCGAUAUUCCGCUGGAAACUUUUACACCAACAGCAAGACUACUGGUGCAGUAAUUGGACAGCAGUCUUUUGGUGGAGGGAGGAGCAGUGGCACGAAUGAUAAAGCCGGUAGUGUGAGCUUGGUGCAACGCUUUGCCUCACCCAGGACUUUGAAGGAAGAUUUUAAGACCCUAGAUAGCGUCUUGUAUCCAAGCAAUCAGUAG